AUGUUUAGAUCACAAUUUUCCACGACCUGUUCUGCUUACAAGUCCCUUAUAACAAGACGUUAUUUGGCUACAGCACAACCUCAAGUGCAAAAAUCAGUGAAAGACUUGGAUCGUGCCACUCUUACUGUGAGAAACGGUCCAAUCUUCCACGGUUACUCCUUUGGUGCUAAUAAGAAUGUCAGUGGUGAAGCAGUGUUUACCACCUCCUUGGUUGGUUAUCCAGAAUCUAUGACUGAUCCUUCUUAUAAGGGUCAGAUUUUGGUGUUCACUCAACCAUUAAUCGGUAACUAUGGUGUUCCUUCCGGUGAAGCCAAAGAUCAAUACAAUCUUUCGAAAUACUUCGAGAGUCCUAAUGUCGAAUGUAUUGGUAUCGUGGUGUCCAAUGCUGCUAUGAACUAUUCCCACUGGACUGCCGUGCAAUCUUUGGGAGACUGGUGUAAAAAAGAAGGAAUUGCCGCCAUCACUGGGGUCGACACCAGAGCCAUUGUCACUUACUUGAGAGAAAAGGGUUCUUCUUUGGCAAAAAUCAGUAUCGGAGAAGAAUAUGACGCAGAUGAAGAUGAAGCGUUUGUGGACCCUGGUUCUAUCAACUUGGUUCAUAAAGUCAGUACUAAAGCUCCUUUCCACGUCAGUAGUACUGGGAAAUAUCACGUCGCAGUCAUUGACUGUGGGGUUAAGGAAAACAUUUUGAGAUCAUUGGUUUCCAGAGGUGCUUCUGUCACCGUGUUCCCAUACGAUUACCCAAUUCAUAAAAUCGCUUCUAACUUCGAUGGGGUAUUUAUCUCCAAUGGUCCAGGUGAUCCAACCCAUUGUUCCACUACCGUUUACAACUUGCAAAGAACUAUGGAAACUUUUGACGGUCCAAUUUUCGGUAUUUGUCUUGGUCAUCAGUUGUUGGCGUUGGCUGCAGGGGGUAAAACCAUCAAGAUGAAAUAUGGUAAUAGAGCCCACAAUAUCCCUGCUUUAGACUUAACCACUGGUAAAUGUCAUAUCACUUCUCAAAAUCACGGUUAUGCCGUUGAUGCCACCACUUUGCCUGCAGAAUUCAAACCUUACUUUAUCAACUUGAAUGACGAAUCUAAUGAAGGUAUGAUACACGUCUCCAAGCCAAUCUUUUCUACUCAAUUCCAUCCUGAAGCUAAAGGUGGUCCUUUGGAUUCUUCUUUCUUGUUCGAUAAAUAUUUUGAAGAUAUCGACAGAUAUAAGGCCAAACAAAGUGAAUUGAAGGGAGCUGCGAUUGAAAACAAGCCAAAUGACUUGUUGGUUAGUAUAUUACCAAAAGAACGUGUUAAAUAA